UUAUACAAGAAAGGAAUAAUAAGUAAAUGAGCAUAUGACUAAAUUGGUUGGUAUAUUUCGGACAAUAGUCCGGCUGCCCUGAGACUGAGCGACAAUGACUCGUCUGUUUUAGCUUCUUUCUUGUGCUUUUGCCCAGAACACCUUGGCUGGAGGUAUGUAUAGUGGGUGUUGUAAUGUUUUUCAAACCACCUCUUGUGUAGACAGCGUGUAAUUCAGAAAGUUCAAAUUACAGGGGGAGUGCUGAAGAAUAGUGUCGUGUUUCUGUUCACACGGUUAUACCGCAGCUUAGCCAUGCACCGAGUACAAAAGCGACUCUUUUUAAAAAAAGAAAAUCAAUGGGUGCUUCUGUCUUUCACUGUCUAUAGACACUUUUAGCAACCAAGCUUGGUUUACAUGGUACAUACAUAUGCGUUUACAACCGCCUCUGAGAUUUGACUUCGGGGCUUGGACUGAGUGGAGUACAUGCCUGUCUAUUUGUGAUAUCGAUCCUGAGCUUAUAUUUAAAAGUAUGUUUCCUUCGAUGCAGCCUUAAUUGAACUAUAAAGGGAAAAGAAAACAAUAGUACUCUUUCUCAGGAGAUAUUUGCCAACUUAUUAUAUCAACUGUGCAAAGUAGAAUCCGCACAACACUUUACCAAUUAUCACUGAAAUUAAACAGGUUCCUGUCCAAAUACUAAGCCAUAUUUCGACUAACAAGCCAGACUUAAUAAUAAUUUAUGUUUUAAUACUUUACAAAGAAAAAUCAAUUGUGAAUCUUAAGACAAUUGCAUGAACUUACAUUUUAUAGAUUUAAGUUUAAGUCUAUCAGUACGGAAGGAGUCGUGGAAUUUUACUGCAAAUGUAGAACAUCUGUCAACAUUGCAUAGAACUGUUUCCCCUCCCCAAAACAAAGAUUUGUAAGUUGCUCUACCAGUCGAUUCCCUUUUAAGUGAGCUCUUUGCUGAGCUUUCCCACGCUUCCCUCGACCCGCGUGUUUGACGUACGGAGACGUCAUCGUGCCUGCCCACCAAUUGGAAAGUGGAAAGGGCGGGGCGACGGAGCAGCCUGUCAAUCAGAGCAGCCAGACAUUGCAACAUUGAUAUAGCUUAUACCGUGGGAAAGAGCAUUAGACUGGGUUCAGGCUGCCAACAGCGAGCAGGAUUUGUGCUUUCAACUCAAAGACCACGCUUCCAAAUACAAGUCGUUGACAGUUUUCACCCGUGGAAAUGAAGCGCCCUUGCGAAGAGAGUUCUUCAGAGAGUGAUAUUGAUGAAACUAUCGACGUGGGGAGCGAAAAUAACUACGGAAGUCAGGGCAACAGUACAAUCCUAAGAGCUGGCUCCCCGUCUACGACGUCUCAAAUUUUGGCCAGAAAGAAGCGAAGAGGGAUCAUUGAAAAAAGGCGUCGAGAUCGUAUUAACAAUAGUUUGUCGGAGCUUCGUCGACUAGUUCCUACCGCUUUUGAGAAACAGGGUUCAGCCAAGUUAGAGAAAGCGGAAAUACUUCAGAUGACAGUGGACCAUUUAAAGAUGCUGCGGGCGACCGGAGGUAAAGGGUUUCUGGACGCUCACGCCCUGGCCAUGGACUUCAUGAGCAUCGGUUUCCGGGAGUGCCUGGCCGAGGUGGCCCGGUACCUGAGCUCGGUGGAGGGUCUCGAUAGCUCGGACCCGCUGCGGCUCCGCCUGGUCUCCCACCUGAACACUUACGCCUCUCAGCGGGAAGCGGCUGUCAUGACCUCGUCGGUGGCCCAUCACCAUCACCACCACCAUCAACACCAACACCACCACCAGCAGCAGCAGCACCACCACCACCAGCAGAGGGUUCAGCAACACCAGCCGCACUGGACCGCCGCUUUCCACCAGCUGCCCUCCGCCUUGCUGCAACACCACGGCCUCUCCUCCGAGCUGCACCCAGGUACCGCGGUCCCGGCUCCAGGAGCAGGAGGCUCCGCUCUGCUCACCGCCACCCUGGCGGCGGCGGCUGCCGCGGCUCACAGCGAUACGGCGCUGAGAGGAGCCCCGGGCGGAGGCGGCGGCGGCGGCGGGGGGGCGAUGAGUGGCCGCAUGCCUCCGCUCUCCACCUCCCUCCUCUCGCUGUCCGCCACCGUGCACGCCGCUGCCGCCGCCGCUGCCGCCGCCGCUCACAGCUUCCCGCUGUCGUUGGGCAGCUUUCCCGGUCCGGCCACCGUGCUGACCCCGGGCGGGCCAGCUCUCAGUCCGCCGGGGAUCGCCGGGGUCCCGCAGAGCGGCCGCGGAAGCAGCGGGAGUGGCGGCGCGGUCGGGAAACCUUACAGACCCUGGGGCACCGAGAUAGGAGCUUUCUGAACGGAGGGGGGAGGGGAGAAAGACUGACACCAGUUGUAUUCUCCCGGGCCCCGCUCUGCCCAGUCCCACCAUCCUGUUCGCCACCCCCCACCCCACCCAACCCUGCCGGAUGGAAAUGGGGGGUUGGGGGAAUACCCACAGCGGUGCCGGCACUCGCUGCAGGAAAUUGCCAAUGCCAGUCCCCAUCCCCUGCCUCUUCCCUUCAGUUGCAUCGGACUCCUGCUGCCAAACCUGUAUUCCAACUCAAUGCAUUUGACCUAUUUGACAUCUGACAGCUCGAACAGAAACAAACAAAACUUGAUGAAAACAGUAAAGUAAUUGCUUGAAAAAACUUGCUCUCUGCAGGACCUUGGCUGAUAACCCAUUGCAAGAGCCACCAGUACUGUUACCAGCAAGUCGACAGCCAUUUGACUCGGGAGCUUUCUGCUUUUAAAUACC